AUGGAUUUGCCUGGACCAAUACAUGACUUUCUUUUAAUCUUUCUGGGAUCGGGUCUUAUACUAGGGGGUAUAGGUGUGGUAUUAUUUACCAACCCCAUUUAUUCUGCCUUUUCGUUGGGACUGGUUCUUGUUUGUAUAUCCUUAUUCUAUAUUCUUUUAAACUCUUAUUUUGUAGCUGCUGCACAAUUUCUUAUUUACGUGGGAGCUAUAAAUGUUUUAAUUGUAUUUGCUGUGAUGUUUAUGAAUGGUUCAGAAUAUUACCAAGAUUUUAAUCUUUGGACUGUGGGGGCUGGGAUUACUUUGCCUGUUUGUACAAGUAUUUUUGUUUUACUAAUGAUUACUAUUACGGAUACGUCAUGGUACGGGAUUAUUUGGACUACAAGAUCAAACCAGAUUAUAGAGCAAGAUUUGAUAAGUAAUAGUCAACAAAUUGGAAUUCAUUUAUCAACAGAUUUUUUUCUUCCAUUUGAAUUCAUUUCGAUAAUUCUUUUAGUCGCUUUAAUCGGCGCAAUUGCCGUAGCGCGCCAGUAA